CAGUGCCAAAAUGAAACUCUGCGUGCUAGUUUGUGCCAUCGUCGCCGCCACUGAAUCAGUCAAAUUACCCUCAAAUUUCAAAACAUGCAACCGAAAACAGGCGAAUUUCCGCGGGUGUUUGCUGCAAGCCGCCCGACACGCACUCACGCAACUCAACCGACCGUACGACGACCUGAAAAUGCCAACCUUGGACCCCUUGUACGUCAAAAGGAUCGAAACCAGCGUCCACACGCUUUUAUUCAACGUCACUUCGGAGUUAACUGAGUGCCAGCUCUACAAUUUACUGCAUCUAAACGUGGAGCAAUUCGACGUGGACUUCGAGGGCAAAACUAUCCAAAUGAGCGCCUACUGGCCAUACCAGAAAAGUCGCUGUUUUUUCAAAAACGCAGGCCAAAUUCUUUUCACGGAUGUCAUAGCUGAAGGCGUAGUUGACAUAACGUACAAAAACUUGAAGUGGACGUUCAAUCUCGAGUACGAAGAGGCCAGAAAGGGCAAUAAAACGUACGUUCAACUUUCUGACAGUAGUUUCGACGCUCAACCAGAGGACGUUAUUUUUGAGUUAGUGAGGGUUCGUCGAGGCGAUAAAAGUCUAGUUCGGAGCGUCAUAAGGGCUAUUAAUAACAAUUGGAGGGAUAUUUUUGAACUAGUCAAAGACGUUUAUCUGGAGAAAUCGAGGACGGAUUGGCUCGAGAUUUUCAGCGGUUUUUUCAGCGAAGUGUCGCUGGAGGAAGCUUUCGAUAACUGAAAUGUGUCUUGUAGUGAA